AUGUACGAGCAAGGAUGUCCGGUGUGCGGGCAGCUGAUGUUCCUGUUGGAGCCGCCGGCGCGCCUCGCCUUCUCCAACAGUACGGGUACGCGUGUGUCGUGCGCGGCACACGGCUCACCGCCGCCCACCAUCACAUGGCUCUCAGAGGAUGGCGUACCCGUCACCGACGUACCAGGUCUCAGAGAGGUGCUGGAGAACGGCACGCUGGUGGUGAGCGCGUUCAGCGCAGCGCAGUACCGCGGCGACGUGCACGCUGCACUAUACCGCUGCCGCGCCGCCGGCCCGCUCGGCACCGUGCUGUCCCGCGACAUGCGCCUCCAAGCAGUUAUGGACGUGUCGUGGGAGGUGCGCGUGCAGACGACGCCGGGCGCGGCUGGCGGCGCGGCGCUGCUCACGUGCGCGCCCACGCCGGCCGUGCGCGCACAUGUCCUGCACACCACAUGGUACAAGGACGGUCUCACGCUUGCUCCCAUGGCUUCUGACACCGGUCGGUACGUGGUAGGUGGCGGCCGCGGCGACGUGCUAGUUGUGCGCGACGCGCGGCCUGAUGACACCAGCGCCUACGCUUGCGAAGCGCAACAUGCGCUUACCGGCGACAAGCGACGCAGCCCGCCAGCCAUGCUGGCAGUGUCUCAUUCGACGGGUAGCAUGGCUCCGCGCAUGCUGACGAUAUCGGAGGACGAGACGGUGUCUCAGGGUGGCGACAUCAGGCUUGUCUGCUGUGCUAUCGGCAGUCCGCCGCCGACCUACAGCUGGUUCCGGCACGCGAACGGCAGGCUGAGCCCGGUGUCGAACAGCGUGCGGGUGUCGGUGGCGCAGCAGGUCCUGGUGAUACGGCGCGCGCAGCCAGCGGAUGCAGGCGUGUGGACGUGCCGCGCUCACAACCAAUUCGGCGAGCAGCGCCGCGACGCCACUCUUAGGGUGCGCUCGCGCCUUGUCGUCACCGUGCACCCCCAGCUGCAGGUGGCAAACUCUGGGAGUUCGGUGGUGUUCAACUGCUCCGUGGAGGGCGGCGGCGAGGCGCGCGUGCGUUGGCUGCACGACGGUGUGCCGGUGGGCGGGGCAGAGCGCACGCUGCGGGUGCACGGUGUUGCGCGCGCGCACCGCGGCAUGUACCAGUGCUUCGCGGAGCGCGACCUCGACAGCGCGCAGGCCGCCGCCGAGCUGCGUCUGGGAGACACGGCGCCGGAGCUGCACUAUACCUUCAUCGAGCAGGCGCUGCACCCAGGGCCCGCGCUGGCGUUGCAUUGCGCUGCGUCCGGUGCGCCGCCGCCACGCUUCACCUGGCUGCUGGACGGACAGCCUAUAGAGGAACUCAACACCCCACAGAGGAGUAUCAGCCAGUUCAUGAGGGCGAACGGCGACGUCGUGAGCUAUCUGAACAUCACGUCGGUGCGCGCGGCCGACGGCGGCCGCUACACCUGCCGUGCGCACAACUCGCGCGGCGCUGCCGAGCAUUCCACGAGGCUCAAUGUUUAUGGGCCGCCGUCCAUCCGCAGCAUCGGGCCGCUGCGCGUGGUGGCCGGCCUCAACGCGACUGUCUACUGCCCCUACUCCGGAUUUCCAAUCAGCGAGAUCCGGUGGCAGCGCGGGGCUGCGGGCGGGGAGCGCGCGGCGGGCGCGGGGGGCUCGCUACGACUGUGGCCGGCCGAGCCCGCAGACGCUGGACUCUAUUCCUGCCGGGUCACCGCGCCCUCUGGACACUACGCUCAAAAGGACGUGCAGAUUUUUGUUAGAAAUCCCCCUAAGAUAGCGGGCUUCUCCUUUCCAUCGGACUUGGUGGAAGGCAGUUCAGUGCAGGUAUUGUGCGGAAUUACGUCCGGCGACAAGCCCGUCUACUUCUCCUGGCUCAAAGAUGGUCAGCACAUACCUUCUAACUUGCAGGUACAAGAGAAGUCUCUGGAUGAGUUCAGCUUCUUGAUAUUUUCGCACGUGACGUCCCAGCACAGCGGCGAGUACACGUGCGUGGCCAGCAACACCGCCGCCGAGGUCAACCAUACUGCGCGCUUGGCUGUCAAAGUCGCUCCAUCAUGGGUGUUCGAACCUCAGGACGCAUCAGUCCUGCUGGGCACACAGGUCAUUGUGCAUUGCUCAACCAAGGGCUAUCCCGAACCCCAGAUCGCUUGGUUAAAGGAACAAGGCGGCGAGUUCCGGGCACUACCGCAGCUGGAGCCCGCACCGCUGGUGCUGCGGAACGGUUCACUGAGUGCGCCAGCGGCGGCGCGCGUGCACGAGGGUCGCUACAUGUGCCGCGCGGAUAACGGCGUCGGCAGGGGACUCUCUAAGGUCAUCACUAUCUCUGUUAACGAGCCGGCGCAUUUCGAGUUCUCGUCUCGCAACAUGUCUGUGCGGCGCACGGCGGGGGCGGCGCUGGCGUGCGCGGCGCGCGGCGACCCGCCCAUACAGCUGCACUGGACGCACAACACGCAGCGCCUCGACCUCUCCACUUACAGGGUGUCUGUUUCGGAGAAACGUUCAGAGAGCGGGGCCAGCUCGACGCUAAGCAUCGCGCACGCCGAGCGCCGCGACUCCGGCGUCUACCGCUGCCGUGCUGAGAACGCAUAUGGCCGCGACGAACUGCUUAUCUACCUCGCAGUACAAGAGUUUCCGGAGGCGCCGCGCGGGCUGCGGGUGGUGGGGCGCACGGCGCGCGCGGCGCGGCUUGCUUGGCGGCGCGGCUACGACGGCAACGCCCGCCUGCGCGCGCACCGCCUGCAGUACCGGGUCGUGGGGGCCACGCAGCACGCCACGCCGCUCGGCAUACAACUCGGCAGUCAGCUCGGCACACAGCUCUCAGCGCCGCGCCAGCAGCAGGCCGACUGGACUGACGCACCCACGAGGGAGAUAUCACCAGAUCUAGUGCACCAGAGGUAA